CAACGUUAUCCACGCCCUCCUGUCAUAAACUGAGAAUGAGCCGAGGCACUUUGACGACUGCGCUGGCGCUCCGCCAAUCAGAAGAGUGCCGGGCGCGAGUCACUCCGCCUCCGACCGGAGCGCGACAUGGCAAAUCUUUGGGGAGAAUCGGCGAGUCCGUACCAAAGAACCAGGACCGAGGACAACGCGCGCCCCAAUGACAUUAUUCUUCACGCUCGUUGAUUGACCCUGGCUUAUCUGUUUCAGUCGCUCCUUUCCCACUCUCCUUAAGUCCCUCGGGCCCAGAUCUCUCCGUCGCCAUGCCAGGAACAUUGAUCCCAACGUUGAUUCGGGCUGUCCCCACUACACCCAGGCUCCAUGUUUCUUGUCUUUCUACGAAUGGGUUGAAGUCCGCCCGGUCACGCCAAGUUCCUCAGCUUUUGCUUUCAGGCUUUUCAUCUCAGCGUGCAUAUUCUACCGCCGGUUCUGAAUCUAUAAAUCCCAAGCCCCGUUCAUAUUUUCGCCGCGUUCUCGGUUUCACAGCUCUCGCAGCAUUCUCAUUUACCGCUGGAUUCAGUUAUCAAUUCUUUUCUUCCGCAAAUAGCAUCAUGACUGUCCCGAUCUCCGACGAGGAAACCCUGACCGCAUUCACUCCUUCCGAUGAGUUUACGCAAAAGGUCGAAGACCACAUCCACAACCAUCCCCUGGCUCAAGCGCUCCGGGAGGACCCUGCCUAUAGCGGAUCCAGGCCAUAUCUGAAGAUACCAGAGAAAAUCCGCACUCGCAACCUCACUGCUGGUACUCUUUCAAACUCCCAGGGCAUCGUGGUUCCGCCUCUUGUUUUCUGCAACAAGGAAACUAGCAGCCUCGUCUCGAUCAUAUACCUUGGCCCGAAUGUCUCUGGUCACCCGGGCAUCGUCCACGGUGGGCUUCUUGCUACGCUGCUAGACGAGGGCAUGGGGCGGGCUGCUUUUCUCGUCUUGCCGAACAAGGUUGGCGUUACUGCCAACCUGAAUGUCGACUACCGACGACCUGCCAUGGCCAACAACUACUUUGUCAUGCGUGCGCAGGUUGUCAAGUCUGAGGGCCGCAAGGCGUGGGUUGAAGCUCACAUUGAGACUCUUCCUGAGGAGGGCAAGGAACCGGAGGUGUUGGUCGAAGCGAGGUCACUAUUCAUAGAGCCAAAGAUGGCAGCGACAAUGCCAAACCUGCACAAAUUCGCCAGCUAGAAUUUCUCCGUGUGAUGAUGGCUGUCCGGGGAGUUUUGAAGAGCAUUGUAGUUGUCUAUGUUAUCUUGGCGUGCACAUGGAUGGAAUAUUUGCGAUAAUUUUGAUCUUGUACAUAUUGUUUUCGGAGUAUAGACCACCACCGUUGCCCUUUUUGAAUCAGCCGUAACUGCAAAUAAUAUCAUAUCAAGUAUAUAUUGUUUUGGCUGCAGAUAUUCAUAGUUGCGUAGUAUGAG